UUCAGCAAAAUAUUAAUUUACGGAAUCAUGGCGGCUAGAGCUGCAGGAGCUUUACGUCGAUCACGCUCCUAUUUUUGUAAUUUAGCUCCGUUUCGUAUUGACUCAAGAAAAGGAGCAUUGAAUGCUUUAAAUUUUAAAAGGUUUUAUUGUGAUAAAGUGUUACCACCAUUAACUACCCCAUUAGAUGUCGCUAAAAAUGAUUUUACCAAUGCUGGCCAAGUAAUAAUUCCUGCACGUGGUGGUGGUCGUGGUGAGGUGAAAAUUACAACUUUAUCUAAUGGCCUAAAAGUCGCAUCAGAGGACAGCUUUGGUCAGUUCUGUACGAUAGGAGCAUUAAUUGAUGCCGGUUCACGAUAUGAAGUGGAUUAUCCAAGUGGAGUAAGUCAUAUGCUGGAAAAAAUGGCAUUUCAGAGUACAGACAACUUUGCAAGUCAUGAUGAAAUAGUGCAUAAAAUGGAAAGCCUUGGUGGACAUGUCGAUUGUCAGUCAUUUAAGGAUUGCAUAAUUUAUGCUGCAUCAGCAUUUAAAUAUAAUACUGGAGAAGUAAUUGAUGUCCUUUGUGACUCUAUAUGGCGAGCAAACAUGACGGAAGAUGAGAUUGAGGAGCAAAAAAUGACGAUUGGGUUUGAACUGGAAUCGCUAGAUUACAGACCUGACUUUGAACCACAACUCACAGAUCUUAUUCAUGCUGCUGCUUUUAAUGGAAAUAGCCUUGGUAUGCCAAAAUAUUGCCCUCCAGAAAACAUAUCUGUUCUGAAUUCAAACAUAUUAAAACAUUACUUGCAGAGAUAUUAUACACCAAAUAGAAUAACAAUUGCAGGCGUGAAUGUCGACCACAAUGAACUUGUGAAACACUGUAACAUGCAAUUUGUUGAUAAACAACCAAGUUGGCUGUCACAGGCACAUGUUGAACCAGAUUGCUCGAUUGCACAGUACACAGGAGGUUUUGUGAAGGAACAUCGGAAAGAACCACGUUUGCAGCCAGGCAUUACACAAUUUCCUGAGCUCGUUCAUAUAGCGGUUGGAUUUGAAAGUGCUAAAUACACAGAUCCGGACAUGUUCAGUUUUGCUGUUUUAAAUAUGCUUCUUGGUGGAGGAGGGUCGUUUUCGGCUGGUGGGCCUGGCAAAGGAAUGUAUUCUCGCCUAUAUACGAAUGUUUUGAACAGGCGACACUGGAUGUACUCCUCCACUGCAUAUAACUUUUCCUAUGCUGACUCAGGAUUGUUUUGUAUUCAAUCUAGCGCUCCACCAAACGAGGCUGAUGCUGUGGUGAAAGUGAUCACGAAAGAAUUUAUGAACCUGGUGACGGAACCCUUCCAUGAGAUCGAAGUUGCCCGAGCAAAGAAGCAAGCACAGUCCAUGUUAAUGAUGAAUUUAGAAUCCAGAAUCGUACGUUUCGAAGAUAUUGGGAGGCAAGUUCUUGGGCUAGGAUUUCGACAUAGUCCGCAAAACUUGUAUGAUUCGUUAGAAAGUGUAACUGCAGAUGAUUUAAGACGGGUUUCUGAAAAGAUGCUUAGCACUAAACCUGCAGUAGCAGCGAUUGGUAACUUGACUCACUUACCAUCAUACAAAGAAGUGGAAAAGAACUUGACAAAAUCAAAUGCGAGUUUCGGAAGAUAUUUGUUUGGUUCUAUGAAGUAAACCGUGAAGUGCUCGGAAGAUAAAUUUAGAAUGUGCUAUUUUUACUUCAACCGAUCGCGUUUGGUUCUUUUCGUGAAUCCGUUUUGGUAAAACAAAUGACAUUUUAAACAAAAGGGGAACACUUUGGAAAACUUUGCCGUAAAUAAAUUUACGUGCAGCGGUUGAAAUAGAAACAAAAUGGAUACAUCUUUUCGUUACUCCUCAAUUAUUUUCUAAGUUAAGAAUAAGUUCCCGUGAAUGUUAAAAAUAAUCAGAAAGGGAUGAGCAUGUGGUAUGCUAAGCUAUGCCCCAAAAAUUGUGGUGGAGCGCUUACAGCGACGUGUCCUUUUCGGGCGGAAUGUCAAAAUAAAUUUACAACAUCGGCCUAAAUACAAAACACACGAUAUCAUAUCUUAACCAUAGCUAAAAUGUUAACAACUUUAGAAAGUUCUAAAUCAAUAGUGAGAAAAAUAAUUGCGUGUCAUUUUUUGCGAGAAUUUAUUUUCACGAAUUUAGAAACCUCGGAUUUUUCGCAGGAAUUAAAUUUCGUAACUCGCAAAAUAUUCUUCCCGCAAAAAUUUCUUCCCUUGAGGUAGCUAACAUUGGCUAAAAACGUAUCCAAGAUGUGAGUAACAAAAAUGUUUGUAACAUAUUUUCAUAUUAAUAUUAACAUAGUUUCUAAGUUAAAUAUAGAUCACCAAGACACUUCAAUAGUUUGAGUUAUCAGGAUAAAAAUAGCUCGAGUUAAUAGUGACAGCUUUGUUUAAGUAAAACAAGAAUAUAUAUAAUCUUGAUGAUGGCAAAGUUUGGCAGUGCAUUGUACUUUUUUGCUAGCUUUUUUAAAUAAAUAUAUAAUUUCACAAAA